AGUUUGGAGGAGCAUGUGGAACACCUGCGCACUGUUUUGGAGCGGCUACGAUAGGCCAAGUACAAAGCCAACCGCGACAAGUGUGAAUUCGCGCGGCAGGAGAUGGAGUACUUGGGCCAUUAUGUGACGCCGCAAGGCAUUCGUCCGCUCGCGGACAAGAUCGAGGCCCUACGAGUAUGGCCCGAGCCCACCAACACCACGGACGUUCCUUCAUUCAUGGGAUUGGCGGGCUACUAUCAGCGAUUCAUUACCGAAUACUCCAGGAUUGCUGCACCUAUGACGAGGUUACAGUCGCCAAAGGUGCCAUUCGUAUUCGAUGACGACGCACGCCGGUCAUUCCAAGCACUUAAGACGGCUAUGCUCAUGGCACCCGUCCUUAGCAUCUAUGACCCCACCUUGCCGACGAGAGUGACUACGGACGCUUCCGGCUAUGGCAUUGGGGCAGUCUUGGAACAGCACGACGGCGACGACUGGCACCCUGUGGAGUAUUUCAGCCACAAAGUGCCUCCCAUCAACUCGCUUGAUGAUGCAAGGAAGAAGGAGCURCUUGCGUUUGUCAUGGCUCUCAAGCGAUGGCGGCACUUCCUCCUUGGGCGUCGUAGGUUCACAUGGGUUACGGACAACAAUCCAUUGACCUACUACAAGACGCAGGAUACGAUGAGCAGCACGAUCGGACGAUGAAUGUACUUCAUCAACCAGUUUGACUUCACACCGAAACAUCUUCCCGGCCUCUCAAAUC